AUGAUUAUCGAGGGCGACUAUGUUCAUACACCGGCCCUUGGCCAGCUCGAGAUAAUGCGCAACCAUGUACUUCAACCCGCGAACCUACUGGACCGAGUCAUCGUCCCUUCGGGGUCUUUCAUGAUGCCCACCUUCAGCGAUGUUCAUCUUCAUGCCCCCCAAUGUCUGUACCAGGGUACCGGCUUGCAUCUACCUCUGAUGCAAUGGCUUCACGAAUAUGCCUUCAAGGCAGAAGAACGCCUGGACGCAGAUCCUCAGCUCGCCGGAAAGGUGUACAAACGCCUGGUCGCACAAGCGGGUGUCCGAGCUUUUGUCGGGAAGCUUUCCAUGGACAAAUCCACGCGACCGACCUACAUGGAAACCGACGCCAAGGCAUCCCUCGAAGCGGCCCAAGCGUUCUGUGAUCCCUGCGUGGACGCAGUAUCUGGCCUCCCUUCAUCUAGGCACGCUCUCGUUCUAUCGGAGCGUGGGAAGCACGACAUGGAGGUCUUCGCACAACACAAUCUUUUCACGCCGCACACGAUCCAAGUGCACUGCACCUUCCUCGACCCGCCGUCCCUGUCGCGCCUUGCGGCCACCUGCACCGCCGUCGCGCACUACCCGCUCUCGAACGCUUACAAGUUCUCCGCCAAACCGUCCCGCCUGCGAGAGGCGCUCGGCAUCGGGGUCCGCGUCGGCCUUGGGACGGACGUCGCCGGCGGAUACUUGGUGGACAUCAUGAGCGCCAUGCGCCAGACCAUUGCGGUGUCGCGCAUGCAUGAGGGCACGCGAAUCGUGGGGCGUUCGAAAGGGCAGGAGGUGCUGUCCGUCGACUGGAAAGAGGCGUUGCUUUUGGCGACGAAGGGAGGCGCGGACGAACUCAACUUGCCCGCUGGAUGCGGGAUGUUCAGCGUCGGAGCCCCGUUCGACGCACAUCGGUGGUGGUGCACUGGGAACGUACAAAAUCGACGCGGGAUGUGGGUGCAAGGUAAGUCUAUUGGAUCGUUCGGGUAG